CGCACGCUCGUCCUCCAGAGGUGCAGCAGCCUCGCGCACCACAUUGUUUCUAUGUACGUGCCGUCACAGUGCAGGCAGAGGUUGUAAAUAUGGCGGCGGACGGAAUGGUGCUCACCAACCACGACCAUCAGACCCGAGUGGGCAUUCUGACGGUCAGUGACAGCUGUUUCAAGAACUUGGCUGAGGACAGGAGCGGAGUCAACCUGAAAGACCUGGUCCAUGACCCCUCACUGUUGGGAGGAGUCAUAGCAGCCUACAAAGUCGUUCCAGAUGAAAUCGAUGAAAUCAAGGAAACUCUUUUGGAGUGGUGCGAUGAACAGGAGCUGAAUCUCAUUCUGACUACUGGAGGAACUGGCUUUGCACCACGAGAUGUUACACCUGAGGCAACCAGAGAGGUGAUCGAGCGAGAGGCCCCAGGUAUGGCUCUGGCCAUGCUUAUGGGAUCACUCAACGUUACACCACUCGGGAUGCUGUCCAGGCCGGUGUGUGGUAUCCGUGGUAAGACUUUGAUUAUCAACCUGCCCGGGAGCAAGAAGGGUUCUCAGGAGUGUUUUCAGUUCAUCUUGCCCGCUCUGCCCCACGCCAUUGACCUGCUGCGGGAGGCCACGGUCAGAAUUAAAUACACACAUGCCGCUUUGGAGCAGCUGCCGUCCCCUUCCUCUUUGCUGGCCAACACGCACACCAACACUCAUAACAACAUGCACACCAUGGAGCGCGGCACCCAGUGCGAGGAAGAGGAAGACGAAGAGGAGGACAGUAGGAGAGGUCACCAUGUGCACAACCACCACCAUCCCCAGCAUGGCUCCUCCCACAUCACCGCAGCUGCUAUUGCUGCCAAGACAAGCCAUGCUGUGGUCAUGGCUAAGGGGGGUCCCUAUCUGCCUGGCACCACACCCGCCCCACCCACUCAUUACACCUGCUCCUGUACUCAUGACCAGCAGAUCCCGGACUCGAUCAUUUCUCGAGGCGUUCAGGUGCUUCCUCGAGAUUCAGCCUCUUUAAGCUCCACCCCUUCCGAGUCACCACGGGCGACACAGGCAACCUCCCGCCUUUCCACCGCCUCGUGCCCGACACCCAAGGUAUUCACUAUCUUCCAUAAACACACAGACAUGAGCAUCACUUUACAACAGACUCCCAGUAAAGAAGAGGUCACUCAUUUCCACAGCAGCAUAUCAACCAUUUACUCACACCCAUUCUCUGUGUGUAUGUGUGCAGGCCACAGUGCAGUGGACAUCAGUAAAGUGGCACGCCGUCAUCGCAUGUCCCCGUUCCCAUUGACGUCAAUGGACAAAGCCUUCAUCACUGUUCUAGAGAUGACACCUAUUCUGGGAAUUGAAGUCAUUAACUACAGAGACGGUUUGGGUCGAGUGCUCGCUCAGGACAUCUACGCCAAAGACAACCUUCCUCCGUUCCCCGCCUCUGUUAAAGAUGGCUAUGCAGUGCGAGCUGCUGAUGGCCCAGGAGACCGCUUCAUCAUGGGAGAAUCACAGGCUGGACAACAGCCCACCCAUACAGUGAUGCCAGGUCAGGUGAUGAGGGUGACGACCGGUGCUCCCAUUCCUUGUGGAGCUGAUGCUGUGGUCCAAGUAGAAGAUACCGAGCUGCUGAGGGAGUCUGAGGAUGGCACAGAGGAGUUGGAGGUGAGGAUUAUGGUCCAGGCCCGGCCAGGACAGGACAUCAGGCCAAUAGGGCAUGACAUCAGGCGAGGUGAGUGUGUGCUGGCUAAAGGAACGCAUAUGGGCCCGUCAGAGAUCGGCUUACUGGCUACAGUUGGAGUGACUGAGGUCAGCGUGCACAAGUUUCCUGUGGUGGCUGUGAUGUCCACUGGAAAUGAGCUGUUGAAUCCAGAGGAUGACCUCCACCCAGGGAAGAUCAGAGACUCUAACCGCUCCACUCUUCUGGCCACCAUCCAGGAGCAUGGAUACCCCACUAUCAACCUGGGCAUCGUUGGAGACAACCCUGACGAUCUGCUGUCAGCUCUCCAUGAGGGAAUCAGUCGUGCCGACGUCAUCAUCACCUCAGGAGGCGUGUCCAUGGGAGAGAAGGACUACCUAAAGCAGGUGCUGGAUAUUGAUCUACAUGCUCAGAUCCACUUUGGUCGAGUCUUUAUGAAGCCAGGUCUUCCUACUACCUUUGCCACAGCUGACAUUGAUGGAGCUCGGAAACUCAUCUUUGCUCUGCCAGGUAACCCAGUGUCUGCAGUGGUGACUUGUAACCUGUUUGUGAUUCCUGCUCUGAGGAAGAUGCAAGGCAUUCUGGAUCCUAGACCUACUAUCAUUAAAGCUAGGCUUUCCUGUGACGUUAAGCUGGAUCCCAGACCUGAGUAUCACCGCUGUAUUCUCACCUGGCAUCACCAGGAGCCACUGCCCUGGGCACAGAGCACAGGUAACCAGGUCUCCAGUAGGCUCAUGUCAAUGCGCAGCGCCAACGGCCUGCUGAUGUUGCCCCCUAAAACAGAGCAGUACGUGGAGCUACAUAAGGGAGAGGUCGUUGACGUCAUGGUGAUCGGACGGCUAUGAUGCAGACUUCAAUGUCACUCGCUACCGAUUACCAUGGCAGUGCCAGGACUUCCUGUCUGGACAGGAUAUGGGCGGGGGCAGGAAGCGAUGCAUGUCUACCUGGUCGCCAUUAGCUGUGAUGUCAUAUGCAACAGCCAAUUGGAGCCAGCGCGGGCUGAAUCCUCAUUGGUCUGCUCUGAGGAGAUCACUGUAUUUCAAUGAAGAAAAAAAAAAAGAUUGAUCCCAGGCGUGAGACCAGGGUGCAGCGUCUGGACGUCUUCUGAUCUGACUAAAAGCUGCAUUUAUGAAAGAUCUUGAUGUGACUACUGGUGCGUAGGAUGAGUUUUCAGAGCCCAGGCUCGGGUACCAACACAGUCUUCUCAUUCACUCCUCUGGCUCAGAUGUCAGAAACUUUCCAGUUACCUCAAAUGCACCUUACAUCUGCCAAUGGCUCAUGCUGGGUUCAUGUCACAUAAUACAAAUUGGAAUAACAGGGUGAAAAGCCCACAUCCAAAUAAAAAAAAUAAUUGAAAAAAACAAACAACUGAAUUAAUACUCAUUUAUUAUAUUGCACAUUCGGAAGCUCAUAUUUACAGGAAACCCACAAUGACAUGAAUGCAGCAACAGAGCUUGACCUGGCACCAGCCCAAGGAGGACCAAUCAAUCCCAGAUAGAUUCAUUUGAGUAAGAAGAAGCAGGUUCUUGUUAAACUGCCUUUGUACUGAGUGAUUCGUAACACUGGACUGAACUCAGUGUCACACUGCACAUACUAUAAACUAUGACCAGCACUUGUAAUGAAGCAAUGACACAGCAUUCUACUACUACUGUAUAGAUAUGAUAAAGAGGAUGUUUUUUUCUGUAAUAUUAUUGAAACUGAAGAUGAAUUAAUAAAAAUA